AACCUCUACAGUCGCGUGUUAUUGUUUACAUUCUCGUUUCGAAAUAAAAAAUCGCGUGCAGAUCGGCUACAUGCCGAUUUUUGUGGAAAUUUAUUUUCAAUAGUGAUAAAAAUGUGCAUCGAUGCAGUGGAUAAACCGAACGUAGUGAACAAAAUUGAAAACAACCUCAAAAGUACUAUGGAUCGAGAGGAAAAGGAUGACAACGGAUUGCGAAUUCGUCGCAUUGCUGGCGGCUGCAUGAUAAGCCACCCUCCGCUGUUUUCAACGGAUGGCGAGACAAUCUACGUCGUGUGGGAUCAAACGGUGCGGGCAUUCAGUGUCACCACCGGCGAAUGCGUCCGCGAUUAUGAGGGAGCACGCAAUGACAUUGUUGGGAUUGUCAUUAACCGAAACAAUCCAAAAUAUCUGUACGGAUGUACUCGAACGGGACAAAUUCUUAGUUGGAAGCUGCAAUCUGGAGUGCUGCAAGACAGUAAAGACGUACUGCUGAAUACACGCUUCCGGGUGGACCACUUUAGCAUCCUCUACGAUGAGUACGAUGUAGCGACUUUUCUCAUAUCGGGAGAAUCGACCAAACCCCUGGCUCUGAUUUAUUGUCCCACUAAGUGGAGGAUCAUCGAGUCUAUGCCGUUGAAAUUCGACAAACCGGUAUCGCAAAUCCGCCUAGCAUCUGGGGGAGAUAAGCUGAACUACUUUGCAAUGAUUACGGAUGACCUAUGGCAUUGGGUUAGGAUCAAACCCCGGAUUCAGAUGUUUACUAAAAAGCAUUGCAAUAAUGUGCAGACGCUUGUGGUCACAUGUCAUCCGACAGAGGAUAUUGUAGCUGUCGGCGAUGCAAUUGGACGAGUCGUUUUGUACAAAAGUUUUCUCCGAACUUUGAAACCAAUUCCGGAGACGUACCAUUGGCAUCCGAAUCCGGUGCAGUGCGUGGUGUUUUCGCACACGGGAACUCACUUCUACUCGGGAGGAUUGGAACGGGUGCUGGUUAAGUGGACUUUGGGAAAACAGGACAACAAGGAUAUUCUGCCUCGCCUCUCGGAUUCGGUGGUCCAGGUAGCGGUCUCGUCUGAAAACUUGAAAGUGGCUUUGUGCACCGCGGACAACGGGAUUCAAAUAUUGAAUGCCCUGCAGAAGCAGACGGCGGUGGUGCAAAGUUUCUCGCGGAUUUCCGAUGAUUUUACCAACCGAAAUCCGUACCCGAUUGGUAUUCGGGUUAAUCCCAGGACACAAAUGAUGAUUUUGAAUGGACGUAUUGGAUGUGUUCAGUUCUUUUCGACAUACACGAGGAGUCUGCUGUACACACUCGACAUCACCCUGAAAAAUUACAACACAUUGGAACAGAAGAAAGUAAUUUACAAUACGGUCGUCACGAACGUAGCUGUUAACGCGUUCUGGCUAGCAACAAUCGAAAACUGGAAUGACAACUGCUACUCAUCAGAAACUCGGCUCAAAUUCUGGAGGUAUGACGAGUCCCGACAAAAUUAUUCGCUCAACACCAACAUCGAGAAUGUUCACGUCAAUGGUGCCAGCGGACUGGAAUUCUCCAGCAGCUCUAAGGAACGGAACGUUCUCUGUGCCUCGGCCGGUAAAGAUCGGUGCAUCAAAGUGUGGUCUUUGGAGGAGGUUGAAAUGACUGGUGGAGGAGAGAAACUGGUCUGGGUUUGCGUCGGUCGGAUAGAUUACAAAAAUCUACCGGUCCGAUCGAUUUCCUUUUCUCAGGAUGGAUCGCUGCUGGCCGGCGGCUUUGGGAAUGUUCUUUGUGCGUGGAAUGUUGAAACCUUACAGCUCAAAUGCGCUCUUUCAGCUCCAGCAGGGUACGAUGGGAGCGCAAAUAGAGUAGUUCUAUCGUUACCAACUAAAAAGAAGUCUGUCGAUAAGCGUGAGUACCUGGAUAAAAAAGCUAAAAUUGUUAAACAGCUUCUGGAAGUUUUGGAUUCCAAUGAUGCUUCAGGCAUGCUCAAAAACGUUACUCUGGCUAAAAAACAACGCUUUUUGGAAAGCCAUACAAAUUUAUCUUCAGCUUUAUUGGAGACCGAUAAAAAGCUGGUCUUCAGACGAGCUCAAUUCCAAAACGAACUAAGUUUACUCCAGAAAGCUGAAUUGUUCCAUCGAUUACGCAUUCAGUGCAGGACGGCUGGACAAAUGAAGGAAAAGAUAGCUGAAAAACUGUUCAAAGCAAAGCAAAUUUCCUCCAAAUCCGAGCGUCAUCUUCAAAAAAUCGUCGACCAACUGAGUCAAAAUGUGAAGUUUCGGUCCAAACGGAAACUGCGACAAUUCCAGUGUCGAAACGAUCCUCCACCAAAUUUAUCACAGUUUACCAGUGUCUUUAACGCGGAGUUGAAAGGAAAAUCUCAUAACCUGCGGAAAACUGAAGCCCAGAACAAACAACCGAUAAAGACGACUACAGAAGUACGGCACCUACUUUUUUGCAGCGGCGAGUACUCCCAUCUGAUUGUGAUGUGCACCGAAAAUCGAUUACUGGUUUGGAAUUUGCUGACACUAAGAAUCCAGGUCACCGUCAAUCUGAGUGUUGAACGAAUCGUCAUCGAUUCGUUUACAAAUUUAAUCGCUGCUUUUACCAACGAUAACGAAUUGUACAUAUUUCUGCCGAACAUUCCGAUGCCGUUGUACCAUCGAAAGAAUUUGCCUCCGGUCUUUGGUGCAGCCUGGAUACCGAGGCGGUUUCCCAAAUCGCAGUCCCUCAACGUAGACUGGCAAGCGGUUUCGCAGUUGUACUUCCUGAACCACAAUCAGGAACUGCUUCACCUGGUGUCGGACAGCGAUGAGGAAUCGCUGGGGCCAGUGGUCUAUAUGAACGACGUGGUAGGGAAUGGAUUGCCCAAUACGCCGUUCGCGGUGAUGCUCGCCAAACAGCAGAAGGGAAGUGGGGUUCAAGUUGGCGCGAAAAACAAUGCAAGUGCGAUCGGCAUGGCUGGCAAAAGCAGUAUCAAGGAGGUCGCCAGUUCCUCCGCCCACACGAUGGCCCCGAUUAGUUUACUCUGCAAGGAUUUCCUUCGAUCGUUGAUGAUUGUUGCGGAACGGCAACGUGACCGCGAUACGGCCGCUGUGGGCAACGGCGAACAGGAAAUGUCCGCUAGGAAUUCGAACGAUACCAGUGAGGAGUCGGAUGACGACACGGAUGAAAGUGCUGAAGUGAAGGAGAAAAUCAGUGCACGUAGAGCGAUGCUGGAAUCGGUUGGGAAGGCUCAGCUCAAAGCCAGUAGUACUGCUGGCAAGCUAGAUCGGGACACCAAGCUGAGGAAGCUUGUCGAGGAAUCCGUGGAUAUCGAGUUCUGAUGGAUAAGCAAAAUUGUAAGUAGAUAGUUUUGUUUUGUCUAAUGUGCAUUGAUUUGCAAAUAUACUUUAUUUACUUGAAA